AUGAGUGAGAACAUCAUGAACUCUGUUAUGAAAAUCAGAGUCCAUGUGUAGUAUAAACUGUUAAGUGUCAUAGAGAUAAAAUUCAGUGUACUAUGAGUGUAUAAUUUAGGAGGACAGAGAAGGUGUCCUUGAGAAAGUGAUUUAGAGCUGAGAUCUUGAGGAGGAGGAGGAGGGGUUACCUAGAAUAACUUAUAUGAACAUGUUCUGCAUGGUGGGGACUGGUGUCUGAGGUCUUUCUUUUUGACAGUGUGUUUUAUCAGGAUUACUCUUGCUGGUUCCCCGCCCCCCCAUGGCAAAAACCUCAAUUACUUUUGUACCAACCUAUAAUAUUAUAAGCAAAGAACUUUAGGCCUAAAUAAUUCUCCUCACGUUAAGAAUUCAUCUUUGGCAAGGGUGGAGUUAAAAUUAACAAUGGCAGGCCGGGCGCCGUGGCUCCUGCUUGUAAUCCCAGCACUUUGGGAGGCUGAGGCGGGAGGAUCACCUGAGGUCAGGAGUUCUAGAUCAGCCUGGCCAACAUGCACCUAGCUGGGCACGGUAGUGCCCAGCUCUCAACUACUUGGGAGACUGAGGCAGGAGAAUUGCUUGAACCAGGGAGAUGGAGGUUGCUGUGAGCCGAGAUCGCAUCACUGCAUUCCAGCCUGGGUGACAGAAUAGGACUCUGUCCCCUCUGCCCUCUCCCCAAAAAAUUUUACAAUGGCAAUUGCUCUGGCUCAAACGUAUUUUUUCCCCUUGUAAAAUGGAGAGGACAUUACUUGUUUGCCUACCUCACAGGGCUGCUGUGAGGACCAAAUAAGAUCGGGAAUGUGCAAGUAUCUUGUGCAUUGUAAUUCCUGGUGUAGUGUGAGAUGGUAUUAUUUUCCAACUAUUUGUGCCUACAGUAAUGUGGCUGUUUCACUUCUGGGCCAAUGAUAGAUGCUUAUCUAUCAUUCUAGAGGCAUCCUAGGUGCCAGUUUCCAAGAUGGACAUUUUUCCAAGCAGAAAGGGUUUUGUUUUGUUUUCUUUUCUCUUAAAAAUUCAUGGCCGGACGUGGUGGCUCACGCCUGUGAUCCCAGCACUUUGGGAGGCCAAGGUGGGUGGAUCGCCUGAGGUCAGGAGUUUGAGACCAGCCUGGCCAACAUAGUGAAACCCUGUCUCUACUAAAAAAAAUAGAAAAAUAGCUGGGCGUGGUGGCAGGCACCUGUAAUCCCAGCUACUCGGGAAGCUGAGGCAGGAGAAUCGCUUGAACCUGGGAGGCGGAGGUUGCAGUGAGCCAAGAUUGUGCCAUUGGACUCCAGCCUGGGCAACAAGAGCGAAACUCCGUCUCAAAAAAAAUAAAAAAUAAAAAAUUCAUGCUAAGGGAAGGAAAUAGAGUUAAAAGCAAAACAUUCAAGAUUCUUAGGGUGAUUGGUAGGCCAGAUCGUUUAGUGCCUUGCCUUGUGCUCCCUAAAAAUACAGUCACAAAGUGUUCUUUCUUCCUUGACAAGAUAGAGCCCAAAUGCUCAGAGCAGCUGGGACCGGGGAUGCCCAGGUUUUCAUAUCAACGUAAGGCACAGAGUGAUGUUGCAUGAUCCAGACGGCUGUGUGUCGGUGCAGUCGGGGGCCUUGACUUUUGUUUCUAGUCCAUGUUUUUAUGCAUGUAAAUUCUCCCCUAGAUAGUAAUCUCCUUGGAGACUGGACCAUAUCUUCAGUUCACUUUGCAUCUCUCCUAGCCGCAGGGCACAGCAUCUGUGGGACUAAACAUUUCAUAGACAUGUCUGGAAACAGCCAGUUGGGCAGCUUUGAGACGGGAAGGUAGCCCUCUACAGAGAGACCUGGAGCUGCAGCUUCCUGCCGCUCCUCAUCAGCCAGUGUUCACCUUUGGCUGAACUCUUAAACAGGACCUUCGUUGGCAUUACAGGAAGGAGAGGGGCCAGGAUGGUUGCAGGCCAGAGUGUUGUUAUCCCCUGCUGUGCAGAGGACCAGACGUGGCAUCAUGGGCUUCACCCUCUGUGGGAGCGUUGAUGGGCAUUGAGCUUUAGGCUGAAGCCUGCCCUGAUAGAUGACAAAACACUCAAGAACUGAAGAUGAUCCUUCGAGAGCUAAAGUACAGAAUUGGCAUCCAGUCGGCCAAGUUACUUCGGCAUCUGAAGCAGAAAGAUAGGCUUCUGCAUAAAGUGCAGAGGAACUGUGAUAUUGUGACUGCCUGCUUGCAGGCUGUGUCACAGAAGAGAAGAGUUGAUACCAAGUUGAAAUUCACUCUUGAGCCAUCUUUAGGUCAAAAUGGUUUUCAGCAGUGGUACGAUGCUCUCAAGGCAGUUGCCAGGCUAUCCACAGGAAUACCAAAGGAAUGGAGGAAAAAGGUUUGGUUGACCUUGGCAGAUCAUUAUUUGCACAGUAUAGCCAUUGACUGGGACAAAACCAUGCGCUUCACUUUCAAUGAAAGGAGUAAUCCUGAUGAUGACUCCAUGGGAAUUCAGAUAGUCAAGGACCUUCACCGCACAGGCUGUAGUUCUUACUGUGGCCAGGAGGCUGAGCAGGACAGGGUUGUGUUGAAGCGGGUGCUACUGGCCUAUGCCCGAUGGAACAAAACUGUUGGGUACUGCCAAGGCUUUAACAUCCUGGCUGCACUAAUUCUGGAAGUGAUGGAAGGCAAUGAAGGGGAUGCCCUGAAAAUUAUGAUUUACCUUAUUGAUAAGGUACUUCCCGAAAGCUAUUUUGUCAAUAAUCUCCGGGCAUUGUCUGUGGAUAUGGCUGUCUUCAGAGACCUUUUAAGAAUGAAGCUGCCGGAAUUAUCUCAGCACCUGGAUACUCUUCAGAGAACUGCAAACAAAGAAAGUGGAGGUGGAUACGAGCCCCCACUUACAAAUGUCUUCACGAUGCAGUGGUUUCUGACUCUCUUUGCCACAUGCCUCCCUAAUCAGACCGUUUUAAAGAUCUGGGAUUCAGUCUUCUUUGAAGGUUCAGAAAUCAUCCUAAGGGUGUCUCUGGCUAUCUGGGCAAAAUUAGGAGAGCAAAUAGAAUGUUGUGAAACAGCAGAUGAAUUCUACAGCACCAUGGGGCGCCUUACCCAGGAGAUGCUAGAGAAUGAUCUUCUGCAAAGCCAUGAACUCAUGCAGACUGUUUAUUCCAUGGCUCCGUUCCCUUUCCCACAAUUGGCAGAGUUGAGGGAAAAAUAUACCUACAACAUUACGCCGUUCCCAGCCACAGUUAAACCCACCUCAGGUUCUGGACGACAUAGUAAGGCCAGAGACAGUGAUGAAGAGAAUGACCCAGAUGAUGAGGAUGCUGUCGUUAAUGCAGUGGGGUGUCUUGGACCUUUUAGUGGGUUCCUGGCUCCUGAACUGCAGAAGUACCAAAAACAAAUUAAAGAGCCAAAUGAGGAGCAGAGUCUGAGAUCUAAUAACAUUGCAGAGCUGAGUCCAGGAGCAAUCAAUUCCUGUCGAAGUGAAUACCAUGCAGCUUUUAACAGUAUGAUGAUGGAACGCAUGACCACAGACAUCAAUGCGCUGAAGCGGCAGUACUCUCGAAUUAAAAAGAAGCAACAGCAGCAGGUUCAUCAGGUGUACAUCAGGGCAGACAAAGGGCCAGUGACCAGCAUUCUCCCGUCUCAGGUAAACAGUUCUCCAGUUAUAAACCACCUCCUUUUAGGAAAGAAGAUGAAAAUGACUAACAGAGCUGCCAAGAAUGCUGUCAUCCACAUCCCUGGUCACACAGGAGGGAAAAUAUCUCCUGUCCCCUACGAAGACCUUAAGACGAAGCUCAACUCCCCCUGGCGAACUCACAUCCGAGUCCACAAAAAGAACAUGCCAAGGACCAAGAGUCAUCUGGGCUGUGGGGACACCAUAGGGCUGAUAGAUGAGCAGAAUGAGGCCAGCAAGACCAACGGGCUGGGGGCAGCAGAGGCGUUCCCCUCUGGUUGUACAGCGACAGCUGGGAGAGAAGGCAGCAGCCCCGAAGGCAGCACCGGGAGGACGAUCGAGGGGCAGUCUCCGGAGCCGGUGUUUGGAGAUGCUGAUGUGGCUGUGUCUGCAGUUCAGGUGAAGUUGGGAGCCCUGGAACUGAACCAGACGGAUGCUGCAGCUGAAACUGAGCCCAGGGUGCACCCACCCUGCCAGCGGCACUGCCCAGAGCCGCCGAGUGCACCUGAAGAAAACAAAGCCACCAGCAAACCUCCCCAAAGCAGCAACUCAAAAACCCCCAUCUUUAGCCCUUUUCCCAGCGUCAAGCCCCUGCGGAAAUCUGCUACUGCCAGGAACUUGGGAUUAUAUGGCCCUACAGAAAGAACCCCAACCGUGCACUUUCCUCAAAUGAGUAGGAGCUUCGGCAAACCCGGCGGUGGAAACAGUGGCACUAAAAAACGAUGAUGUCUCCCCGAAACUUUGUGUCUGGACUCACCUUUUCACAGUAGUAUAAGGGUUGCAGCGAAUGGCUCUAAAAGAGUUUUAUUUGUCCAGUGAAAAUGAAUAGGUUCAGGGAUGAGCAAUAGCCCAUAAAAAAUGGGAACUGGAAGUUUUAUAAUAGGAGUUAGAACAGGGCUGUUUUCCCAGCGACUUGCUAACUGACGAAGUGGAUUCUUUUGGCAAAAUAAAUAUUGUGGUUUUAUAGUGUGAAGUUUUCCCAAUUUUUCAUUGUGAGCUGUUUAAAAAAGACUGUAUAUCUAGAUUGUUAACUCUCUUCCAUCCUUCUGUUCUGGGGGCCUUCAGAGUCCCUGUGACAGCACCCCCAAACCUUCCAGUUCUCUGGGUGUUACUAAUACUCAAGCAUGCACAUACCAGCUUGCUAGGACAGAAACUGUAAAAAGAAAGUAAGUUUCUUCGUUACAAAAAACUUCCUGAUUUUCCUUUUCAUGCUUUAUGGAGGGGAUUGUGUCGUGUGAGAUUUCCCACAGUACCAGUCUCAAUUUUUUUUUUUAUUCUUAUGCUAAAUCAUAGGAGAAAAAUCUAGAUAGCCUUUCUUUAACUGUCUAUUUCUACCUGCAAAAUGAAGAAAACCUUUCAUCUGUUGAAAUUUCGGUCGAUAACCCAGCUGAAGAUCUUAUGCACAGGACAUACUUGGCAUAUGCUUUAAGCAGUUGCUCUGGACAGCUUGCUCGCGCCACUGAGCUUUUCCUGAGGUUUGUGUUCACCUCUCCAGGAGAGCUUUGAUCCUCAGUGGUACGGAUGACUUGAUGGGCUCCACGUGGAGCCUGGCCUGAAUCCCCCACCACACAGCUCACUCACCCACCAGCUCUCGACUGCAGACGCACAAGGCCUCUGCUCAGAAGCCAGAACACAGCACCUGUGACUCUGUUACUUGAAUUUUGUGCUUUUUGAUUGGAGCCCUUUGUUGAGUACUUUGUUAAUUGAACACUGCCUUUCUCUGGAGAAGGCCCCAGUGCUUUCUAGCUUCCUCUCACUCCUGCCCUUUCUAGCUCUCUCUCACCCAGCGGGUCAGGGAUAGCACCUCUUGUCUCCACUAUGCAGAUGGGAACUCUGAGCCACACAGAGGUGAAGUAGCACUUCAAUUACUCAAGGUCAGUACUCCCGGUAUUCCAAGUGACUUAGCCACAUUUCCUUCAGUGCAAUAGGCGGGUUUAAUGCUCUUUGUACACAGAUGUAUUGGCUACAUAGCUUGUAAAAACCAAGACUGGGAAGCCAUUCACUAAAAUCCCUCCUGACUCAAAGGACCUGUCUCCAGAUGGUACAGAGUCCCUUGAUGGCAUUUUACAAAACCAGCUCUGACUUCCUUAUCCUAAACAGGGAGUUUAUUUUAAAAAUGCUGCAUGCACCUGUUAUCUGGCUGAACAAAAGGCUCACUCCUCAAUCCCCCUUCUCCCCACCAUCAUUAGAGGAAUAGACUCAGCCUUCAUAUUUGUCUCUGGAAGACUAUUGGCGAUACUUGCGGGAAUAUUGUUGAUGCAGCCAAUAUUAAUUUGAGCUAAUGGAUUGUUAAUUCUGAAAUGAAAACUAUAAUUGUAGAGCAGGCUUUUACUAUGAGAGGUACUAAUUUUUAUAAUAGAGAAUGUGGUUGUGUGGGCUUUUUUUGAACGGAAAACACAACAAUGACCUAUACCGUGAGAAAAGCUAUUUUAUCCUCUUCGUGGUAUUUUUACCCCCAAAGGAACUGAAGAUGGAAAAUAUGACUAAUAAGUUAUUGCAGUUUUGAUCUUGAAUUCUGUGCCAUCUGAAGUUAGCAUCCAGCUUCUUAAAAAGCAGCCACGCCUACAGCCUGUUUUUUGGGAAGGGUGUAGGUGGAGAGAUGGGCUUAUUUUGCAUACCUCCCUCAGGGCCCAGAGACCCACUGCAUUUUCCACAGUUAAGCAAAUGACACCAUUUUCUUCCAUCAGCUAAACUUUACAGAUAAGAAUGAUUCCACCUCAUAUCCUUUCCUUUGCCCCUUCCCAAAUGAGUCAGAAUAGUCAUGUUCCCCUUGAGGGAUGUCUGACUUGAAUGGAGAAUUGUUCUUUCCUCUCUUGAAUCAGCUCACUAGCUCCCUGAUGGUCUGGGUUCAAGGAGAUGGUUAAUGAGGUAGAGGCCACUUAUACAAGUCCUUGGGAUUGUACCAUUGCUGUCCACAAACUUAGUAUCAACAACACAUGCUGUGCCCUGUGAACACUCUCCUCUCACCUAUUUCCAGGGUUGGUCUUCCUAAGAAGGGGAUGGAUGAGGUAACACACAGUUUGGGAUAUGUAUCUGUUGAAUGAAUGAAUAAGUGAAAGGAUAAUAGUCCUCUGAGGUAAAAAUGGCCUUGUCAGAAUUUUGAAAAUCCAACAGAUUCCUAUUAAAGCACUCUGUGUACCAAUAACAUGCAUGCAUUGUACCAAGUAAUCACAAUGUGAACUGGUCAAUUUAUGAGCCUUGCCUACUUUAGAAAAUAAAGAAACCUGCAGUAGCCUCUACCACACAGCAUGUACAAAGACAAGUAUGGACUUGCUAUCUUCCCUAUGUAUUGGACACUGUAUGCAAACACUAGAAUUACUUAACAAGUAGUGGUUUCUUGAUUUUUAGAUAUGUCUGUAGCCUCUUAGCACUUUUGCCGGGAAUCAACUCAUUCUGAUGCCUCUGCACCUCAGUUCCUCUUACAGAAGCCUCCAGAUGAUCUAAAUCUAGUUAGCAAUGUCAGCCGAUGGACUGCAGCUGUUUGGGACAUUGUAUUCCUUUGUCUCUUGUUCUGAAGGAUUUAUUGAUCACAAAGUUAUAUGCAUAAAGAUUCUCAUUGUUGUAACUGUUGUGCUAUUUUCUGAGUGCAUGCAUGGAACACUGUUGUGACAGUCCCUUCUCCCUUCUUCCUUCACCCCCAACCCCAGCCCCCACUUGGUCACAUGAACCAGGGAAACAGCCCAACAAGCUCCAUCUCCCCCAGUCUAAUUGCUGGGUUGCAGGGUGGCCUGUGACCUGCCCAGCAUUUGCAGAAUUGCUGGUUCCUGAAUAUGAGUAAGCACAGAGUUUACCUAAGAGAGUUUAUCUAAAAUUAACCGUUAGAUCUACUAUUUUUGUCUUAAUAAAAUGAACAAUAAAUAUAGUUUAGCUGCAUGGCAUUAAGGAUUCUGUAUGAAUAGAUGUAUAGUUGCUGCCGUCUCCCCAUAUAAAAUCUCUCUUUACAUCUUUUCUGAGCCACUUUCUUUGCUGCCUACAGCAUUUAAAAUAUAUUAUUUCUCCUAAUUAGAAAAGUCACAGGUUUUAGAAAAUUGGGAAAACAAAAAGAGCAUAAGGAAUCAUCAAUACUCUGAUAUAGAUAUAGAUCUUUCCAGUAUGUUUGUGUAUGUGUGUACAUGCCUUAUCUACAAAAAAGUUAUGUUGAACAUGGUAGUUUAAGCUGUCUUUCUGGUAAAUGCUCUUAUACAGUAUGAUUUUUAGUGACUAAUAUUCCAUAAUGUGUUCAUGCCAGAAUUCACAUAACCAGUACCUUGUCAAAUAGGAGGUUUCUGACUAGAUAGUAGUAGAGACAGUAUCUUGUUACAUGUAUGUACAUAGCCCGAAUUAUUUUCUUAGGAUAUGCGUAUAGAAGUGGAGUUGAAGGGUCAGGACAUAUGUCCAUUUUUAAGAUACGUAUAUCUCCAAAUUGCCAUUCUUAAAGGUUGAAGUUAUACAAGCAGUGAAUGAGAAUGCCUGCUUCUCUACAUCCUGGAAGAGGCAGCAGUCUCUUUCCUUUUUUUUCCUUUCUGUGACUUCCAGUGUUGAUGUGCCAACAGAAGUGUUUUAGAAGCAGUGAUAAUGAACACUCAUAACACCCAUACCUCAUUCUUGACUUUUAAAAGAAGCAUUAAGUAAGAUGUUGAGGUUUCUGGUAGGUGCCUAUUAUUAGAUUAAGAAAAUUCCCUUUUAUUCUUUGCUUGCUGAGAGUUUUUUUCAUCAACAGGUAUUGAAUUUCAUAAAAAGAACUUUAAUUGUAUCUUUUGAGAAGAGAAUAGUGCUUGAGAUGUGGUAUCCUGAACUCAAAGAAAUAGCCAUUACUAGGUUUUGUCAAAGAAUACCAGAUAUUUUAGAGUUGGAAGUUAUGCAGUAAAAGCUUUAUGUGCAAAAUGUUCAUUGAAGUAUUAAAUGUACUAAUGGAAACCUGAAAACAAUGUAAACAUCUGGGAAUGGGGGAGAUGUUUGGGUGAAUUAUGAUUCAUCCCCAGGAUGGAAAUGUGAAGGCCGGUGAGUAUUUGGGCCAUUGAAGUGGGAGUUAUCUGUUAUCCACAUCAGGCAGCUCAGAGUAAAGUCAGCAAGUCUACAGUCAUAGAGCCACCAGGAUACAGCGAUGGAUGGGAGGCCUUUGCUGGACGGUGGCUGAAGGCAGAACUGUCGGAGUGGUUCUUCCACAAAGGCAGCCAGUGCUCACCUGAAUGGGGACUGGUACUGUAGGUGUUGGGUCAGCUUUCAUUCAGUUCCCUGCUGGCCACCUCCCGAUGCUGAAUGUCUGACUCAAUUCAGGCUGCUGUAACAAAGUACCAUAGACUGAGGUGGCUUAAACAACAGACAUUUCUUUCUCACAGUUCUGGAGGCUGAGAAGUCAAAGAUCAAGGUGUCUGCAAAUUUGGUAUCUGGUGAGGAAGGGCCCUCUUCCUGGUUUGCAGAUGGCUACCUUCUUGCUGUGUCCUCACACGAUGGAGAAAGGGAGUAUGUUCUGGUCUCUUCUUCUUCUGAUAAGGGCACUAACCUCAUCAUGAGGGUCCCAUCCUCAUGAUGUCAUCUAAACCUAAUUACCUCCCAAUGGCCCCGCCUUCAAAUACCAUCACGUCGAAGGUUGCUUCCUUCCUGGUGGUUUGCUCUGGUCAGACCAAAUGACCUCCUGCAAAGUGUCACUUGAUCCCAUUCUCUCCAUGCCUUCCAUCCCAGGCAAUCUUUAUCUGGCUACACCAACCUAUGCCCCAGGGGCUUCAAGAGUUGUUGUUGUUGUUUUAACAUUAAAAAACCAGAAAGUUGA